AAGAAUUUCAGGAGCGUGAUAGCGGGUGGGCGCUGUCGCGUAUACACAACUUGACUAUUAACGUGAACAAAUGCAAUCCUAUGCGCGCGGGAUGCCAUAUAGACAUGCCAGAAGUGGUAAAACGAAAGAAAGCGGUGAUCAACGUACAAUCCAUGGACAAUGCAUGUUUCGCGUGGUCGGUGGUCGCUGCUCUCUAUUCCAACUGAAAGACACGCGGAGCGCGAGUCGUCGUAUCCGCAUUACAGUGAUGUGUUAAACCUGCGAGACAUUCCAAUGCCAAUGACAUUAAGUGGUAUCAAAAAGUUUGAACAAUUGAACAGUAUUUCCAUCAAUGUAUACAGCAUCGAUGAAAAGAACAAUUGUGAACGCGCAAUCGUACCGCUACGAGUUGCUGACGAGAAGAAGGAGAAGCACGUGAACCUAUUAUACCUGCAAGAUCAGGGGGGUGCCGACGUGGGUCACUUCGUCUGGAUAAACAAUUUAUCUCGCCUCGUCAGUUUUCAACUCAGCAAGAAGGAGCACAAAAAGCACAUUUGCGAUCGGUUAGUAUCAAUAAAAUUUGUGAAAAAUUGUUUUAUUUGAAAAAAUAUAUAUAAAAAUGUUUGUCUUUCCAGAUGUUUGCACUACUUUAGCUCCAACGUCAAGUUGCAAGCCCACAGCGUAGACUGUCAACAGCUAAAUGACUGCGCGAUCAUAUUACCCAGCGAGGAGGACAAGUGGCUCAGUUUUAACAAUCACAGUAGAAAAGAACGUGUGCCGUUUGUCGUCUACGCCGACCUUGGAGUGUAUCCUGAAAAAGAUGAAUACGAAUCCGAAGACAUAUCAGCACCAUGAAGUAUUUAGUAUCGCUUAUUACCUGCACUGCUCAUACGACGACUCGCUAUCAACAUAUCAGUUUCGUCGUGACAUGGAUUGCAUCGCAUGGUUCGCUGACCAACUAGAAGAAUUAGCAUAUAUCGUGUAAAGAAUAUUCUGUCGAGUAAUGUUCCCAUGCAAACACUUUCGAAAGAACAGUAUGAGAAAUUUAAUAGCGCUAUGCACUGUCACAUAUGCGAGAAACCGUUCACGCCAGACGACACUCGGGUGCGCGACCAUUGUCAUCUAACCGGACAAUAUAGAGGCCCUGCACAUUCAAAUUGUCCCUAUCUAAAAAAGGCAUGUAAGUCGAUUAGUCGCAUAUCUCGAAGUAUUGUUGCCGCUUUUCCGCGAUGCUGAUUGGCUGUCUCGCUUGUGCGAUACGAUACAUGUGUAUUGACAGUUUGAAGGUUGACGGCUUAUAUAAAGGUUAAUAGAAAAAGAAGAGAGGAAAAGAAGAGAGAAAAAAGGAGAAAGGAGACAAGACAAGUAAGUAAUAUAUUGUGUUGUCUAUAUACAGGGUGUUUCAGGGUUAAAUGUCCUAACUUAAAAUAUGAACUUAGGACCUCAAAACAAGAAAAAAUUUUCCUCUGGAGAUAUGUCCGUAAACGCUUUGUUUAAGAGAUAUUGAAACAUCUAAAAUUACGAAUAGGAAUGAUAAAUUUAUUAUACGAUUGCUAAUAGAAAC